AUGGACAUCAUUAGCAAAGAUUUGGAAGGGUUGACUGUCCACAUCGACCAACAAGAACGACCUGUCCGUUUCUUCGGGAUGAAGGGCGACCUCAAAUGGCUUGCGAGCACGAGCGACCCGAACGAUGGCAGAACGUUUCUGGCAUACGGGUCCAGCCACUACUUGAAUGAUUUCGCCGACUCUGGCUGGCAUGGUUCGGAGGAGUCGCUGCAGGAGUUCAUGGCAACCAUGCGCAACUUGCAGUUCGCUUCCCCUAUCAUCCAUGCUCCGGGUUUCAGCAAUCGACUUAUAUGGGAUGACUCCUUGCACGUGGCAUACAGAGGGUUUGCCGCUGACUUCUGCGGCAGUGUGGUGGCAGAGAUUUUUGGCAAGCAGGGCAACCAACUCUUGCGAGCUACCGAGAUGCUCCACUGCUGGGCACGAGCUAAAAGCCAUCCACUUUCGAUGGAGGAGUUUAGUUUCAGCGAUGAUUACCCGAGUUUGAAUGCGAAGGGCUGGGAUAUCAAACUCGUGUGUAUGUGGCUUGCGUUGUGGUAG